ACAUUUCCGGGAAAGAGCGGAAGAGGCGGGCUGGUGCGGUGGGGUCAAGAUGGCGGCGCCUCUGAGGAUUCAGAGCGACUGGGCCCAAGCCCUCAGGAAGGAUGAAGGGGAGGCCUGGUUGAGCUGUCACCCCCCAGGGAAACCAACUUUGUAUGGCAGCCUAACCUGUCAAGGAAUUGGCCUUGAUGGCAUUCCAGAGGUUACAGCUUCAGAAGGAUUUGUUGUGAAUGAAAUAAACAAGAAGAGCAUUCAUGUUUCAUGUCCAAAGGAAAAUGCAUCUUCAAAGUUUUUGGUACCAUAUACUACUUUUUCCAAAAUUCAUGCUAAUAGUAUAACAUGCCUGGACAUUUCCAGUGGAGGAGGCCUUGGUGUGUCUUCUAGUGCUGAUGGGAGCAUGAAAGUCUGGCAGGCUUCCAAUGGAGAGCUCAGAAGAAUAUUGGAAGGACAUGUGUUUGAUGUGAAUUGUUGCAGGUUUUUCCCAUCAGGCCUUGUGGUUCUGAGUGGGGGAAUGGAUGCCCAGCUGAAGAUCUGGUCAGCUGAAGAUGCUAACUGUGUGGUGACCUUCAAAGGUCAUAAAGGAGGUAUCCUAGAUACAGCCAUUGUUGAGCGGGGGAGGAAUGUGGUAUCUGGUUCUCGGGAUGGAACAGCACGACUUUGGGACUGUGGGCGGUCAGCCUGCCUGGGAGUCAUUGCGGACUGUGGUUCUUCCAUCAAUGGAGUGGCUGUGGGUGCUGCUGACAACUCCAUCAACCUCGGCUCGCCUGAGCAGGCGCCCAGUGAACGGGAGGUUGGAACAGAAUCGAAAAUGCUGCUGUUGGCCCAGGAAGAUAAGAAGCUUCAGUGCUUGGGACUACAGAGCAGGCAGCCGAUAUUCCACUUUAUUGGCUCAGAUGCCUUCAACUGCUGUACUUUUCUCUCUGGCUUCUUGCUGUUGGCUGGGACACAGGAUGGAAACAUUUAUCAGCUGGAUGUGAGGAGUCCAAGGGCUCCAGUACAAGUCAUCCACAGAUCAGGAGCUCCAGUUCUGUCCCUCCUGAGAUUCAGAGAUGGAUUCAUUGCAAGCCAAGGUGAUGGAAGCUGUUUCGUUGUCCAGCAAGACCUAGACUAUGUCAUUGAGCUCACUGGGGCCGACUGCGACCCUGUGUACAAGGUGGCCACGUGGGAGAAGCAGAUCUACACAUGCUGCCGAGAUGGUCUUGUGCGGCGCUAUCAGCUCUCCGACCUCUGAUUCCUCGGAAAGAGAAGUCCUACUCAACAAAAACCUUUGACCCCGAUCAACAAUGAGCAGAAACGUCAUCAGUCCUUCCCAAGAACCAUGCCCUUUAUUGUCUUGGGCACCCUUUGGAAGUCACAGAAAGCCAACUCCAUUGGCCAUGCACAACUGUCAUUCCAUAACAAGACUCAUUUGAGCUGAAUAAGGAGCUCACAUGUGCUCACUGCAUUUGCCCCAACUUCUUGUAUAAAGUCACCCCAGCAACACAGGGUGAGGUUAUGGAUUGCUUACAGUUUGAUCUCACACCAGUUGUGUUAAAUGUUUACAGGACCAGAGGACUAAAGCCUGUUCUCUGAAGGAAAUAAAGAGAAUACAUUUGGAGAAGUCUGAAUUUGAAAAACUUUGUUAAAUACUCUUGUUCCAGCAAAAACUCAGUCAAGCUGAUGGAACUCCUUUCUCGGGUGCUUCCUGUUGGCCUGGCCAUAGAGAAAGGCUGCUUCACAGCAGCAGGAAAUGUCCCAUAAGCAGCAACCUGGAAAAGAUUUUUAUACAGGGAGGAAAAGCAGCCACCCCAGUUUCCCUUGGACUGAGCGGUUUCUGCCACCUGUGACUUUCUGUCCAGGCAAACCAACUUGGACUGUCAGCCUGUACACAGGUGAUUGUGAAGGCAGGGGCUGUCAAAGUGCGGUCCCUGGAACAGCUGUAUCAGUAUCGCCGGGGAACUUAGAAAUCCAUGAGCCCUAGUUCAGACCUAAAUCAGAAAUUCUAGGGGAGGGCCCACAAUCGAUAUUUUAACAAGCCUUCCAUGAUUUGGAUGUUUGCCGAAGUCUGAGACCUAGAGGAAGAGAUGAUAAAGGGCACUUUAGUCAUAGAUGGAACCCAAGGCUCAUGGGGUGGCCAGGCUGGCCUGUAGGAGAUGAGGCUGGAGAGGUUGGCAGGGCCUAAAUAGUGAAUGGGCUUGCAUGCCAGUAAGGAGUUUGAACUUCACUUAGUUGGCAGUGGGGAACCGUGAAGGCGUUUUUAAGCAAGGGUGUGACAUAGUUACUUCUUUUUUUCUCUAAACAUAAGAAUGAAAUUAUAAGGUAUGUAUUCCCUGGCUUAUUUUGACUCAGUGACUCUGAGUUCUUUUCAUCUCAAUACAUUUGGACUUCACUCAUUCUUUUUAACUUCCAGAGCAUGAAUACCAUAUAAUUUACAUUUUAGAGAUUAUUAAAGAGAAAGUUUCUUGGAUCAUGCCACAUUUGAGGUGGGCCAUGUAGGCAAAGUUCUGGAAUUUAUUUAAGGGAAGAAGGUAAUUCCUGUCUGGGGUAAUAGUAUGAUUUACAGAAUUCUUAAAGGUAUAUUCUCAUGUAAUCUUUUUUUUAUAGAGAUAAUGAAAAUUUUUAAAAGAUUUUCUUUAUUUUUAGAGAGUGGAAAAAAGAGGGAGAAAGAGAGGAAGAGAAACAUAGUGUGUGGUUGCCUCUAGUGCACCCACUACUGGGGACCUAGCCCACAAACCAGGCAUGUGCCCUGACUGGGAAUCGAACUGAUAACCCUUUGGUUAGCAGGCUGACACUCAAUCCACUGAGCCACACCAGCCAGGGCUCAUGUAAUCUUUAUUACUACCUUGAGACAUUCUAGUAGUGAGGCUUAAUGAGAUGAUGUGAUUUGCCAAAGGUCAUAGAGAACAGGAACUUGAACACAGUUUAUCUUGACUUUUUAAAAUCUUUAUUAUAUUUUUUCCAUUACCAUUUAGUCCCUUUAUACCCUCUUCCUCCCAGCAACCCCACACUGUUGUCCAUGUCCAUGAGUCCUUUUUACUUUUUGCUUAUUCUGUUUUAACUUUAAAUCCCAUUUUUUCUACCUGUUGCUAAUUGCUAAACAAAAUUGUGAAAAUAAAACACUGUAGUU